GUUAUGAUAACCCGUCUUCAGGGGCAGCAGAUGAGAACCCAGUCAGUACUGGUUACUAGGUUCUGUUGAGAGGUUCUUCUAUCAUUAUGCAUGUGAACGAAAUCACUGUUGUAUUCCAGUGAGGACGUGAGAUACUCCAAGACUAUGAGGAAUGUAAUACCAACAGACAUAGUCAUUGACAGUGAAGGAUAUCCCAAAAGUGAGGCCGACUGGUCUAUUGGAGAAGUAAGAGACGAGGGGAGAUGGACAAGAAGCGUUGAACCAGAAGAAAGAAACGAGGAGAGAUGGACAAGAAGCGUGGAGGCAGAAGAGAGAGACGAGGAGAGCGGAGAACUAGCGAGGCAAAGGAUCAUCAUCCUCAGAAGACAUCCCAGGACGCUCGAGAUGAAUCAUUCCUUCCCCAGCAGGACAAAGUUGAGAGCAGGCAGCCAUCUGCUGGAGGAUCACCAACGGUUUGGAAGCUUCAGGAUACAGGACUUUAUUGAUGGUCUCGGAAACCUCAAUUUCAUCAGGCAACCUCCUGAUGAUUUAAGGAGUAGUAGCUUUCAAACGUGCAUUAAGUUAAAGAAAGGAGUUCCUGUCAGCUACACAACUUGUUUGAGCCCCUCUGAACCAUCUCUAGGUAUUGUGUCCUCUAUUACCAGUGGAGGAAAACAUAUAUUCAGAGUACCUGUUGAAAGCCUUCCUAGCAACCAAAGUGACAAGCCAACGAAAAACUCCGAAACUAUUUGCAUCAACAUAUGGGAGGAAUUCUUAUUCGGAAAAUCUGUACUGGAUUGCGGUCAAGAGAACGAGACGACCAAGCCAGGCCCUCUAGGAGAGCUUAAUGCCUUCCUGUCACAGUAUUUCUCCAAGACGUUCGUAAGCUUCCUUGCAUGCACCAUCUACUUCGUGAUAUACUUCGCGUCUUGCUGUGCCUACAAUAUGUUCUGGCAGCUGGGUUGUUAUAUUCUCCUGGCCAGCCAUCUGCAGAUCCACGAGAGAGCAUACGAUAAGAAAGUAAAUAUCGAGUUUACUGGAAGUUGUUUUCAAGGUCCUACCUAUAUCUUCGUCAGGAAUUGGUGUCAACACUGUGUUCAGAAAGACAAUGAGAAAGUUAUGCUGAAUUUAAUGAAGAAGAUGAAAGCUGACAUUACUCUCCCUGCAAACAGGUGAAAACUAACAUUACUCUCCCUGCAAACAGGUGAAAACUAACAUUACUCUCCCUGCAAACAGGUGAAAACUAACAUUACUCUCCCUGCAAACAGGUGAAAACUAACAUUACUCUCCCUGCAAACAGGUGAAAACUAACAUUACUCUCCCUGCAAACAGGUGAAAACUAACAUUACUCUCCCUGCAAACAGGUGAAAACUAACAUUACUCGCUCUGACAAAGAGUUAGUUCAUUGGUUUUGAAAAUCAUUCAAUGGUACAGUGGUUAUUAAGACUACAAUUCUCCUCUAAAAUAGGUAUCAAACUAAUGCUGCUUAUAUGUACUGAGAGAUACUCGCCUCUCAGCAUAACUGUUCACUGUGAGAUAAACAUCUUUUCCUAUAUGUGACCUAAGGGAUACCCAUCUCUUGGUGUGUGUACAGUAAGAGAUUGACCCGCCAUUGCAGCUAUUGGUCAUCUGACCGAGGCCUUUCGCUGGCUCACCGGUCAACCUUUUUAAAAAUUAUGGUCAUAUUUAUAACCAAUUUUUAGUAUUAAAAGUAACACAAUUUAAAGGCUAAUAUUCUUCAUUCAAGAAAAUCUACAAAUAUUUUUAGACAGCAUAAAUUUGUAAUUUUUUUCUGUGGUUAUAAAGAUUUUUCAAGUAUGCAACAAUGGUGCAUUGCGUAGAUUUAACUUAAAAAAUAAAGCUAAUAGCGAUAUAUUUCCUAGACAAGUCAUGGUAGGCAGUCGAUGGUCCGUAGCCGGGGCCAGGAACUGUAACUCACCUGCUUCAAAUAUAUAAGUUCAACCGGGUAACUAGCCGUCAGUGUUUACUCGUUGUAAAACUAUUUGUAAAUUUCUAAAUAAAACUGAUGAAAUAUUG